AUGUGCAACCCUGAUGAUGGCCAAAAGAACAAAGGCAGUUAUGGCUUAGGGUACAAGCCUACCAGGGAAGAUAGAAAGAGGGUGAUGGAAGAGAGGAAGGAGAGGAAUUUGGCCCGCUUAGAGGAACCUGAGCCAAGAAUUGGAAGGAUCCCCAUCUAUGAUAUUAAGCAGAGCUUCCGCAGUGCUGGGUGGGUAAAUGUCGAACAAGUGGCGACUGCCGAGGAGGGGGUCGGUGAUGCAAUCCAGAUUUUUGUUUUCCCAUGUCCUCUGAGUAUGGAACUCGACAAUUGGAUGGCUGUUGAAUUACCCAUGAUGUUCAGUACUAAUGAAAUGUAA